AUGGCAGACCAUCAGGACAUCAACUCCAUCCUCGCUGCUCUAGCGCAGCAACGAGCUCCCACCGCCACACCGAACCAGGGCCAGCCGCCUCACCAAGUCCCUGGAUAUCAUCAGAGCCCAACUCCCAAUGCCUACCCGCCGACAAUGCCUCCCGCGAACCAACAUCCGUCAUAUGCCGGGAACUACCCUAUGCCAUCAGCAAACGGAAGUAUGCCAAUUGAUUUGAGUGCCAUCAGACCUGUCAACUCUGGUACUGUCAGCCUCGCCGAUGCUGUAGCGAAGGCCAAGAGCUAUGCUGCUCAGCAGGGAUUGCCUGCAUAUGAACGUCCACCUCCUGGUGCAUACCCGUCGCAUGAUCCUCGUGGUGCCGAUGCCAGACAUUAUAGAUCUCGCUCUCGUUCCCCAACUGGACGCCGUGACGGCAUUCGUGAUAACUUCGACCCCUACAGAGAUGAGCGACGUGAGGACCGCGGUAACCAUGCCCGUGACUAUGGUCGCGAUCGUUCUAUGUCACCUGGUAUGCACCGUGGCCGUCCUUCUGGCACCUUCUCUCCUCGCAGUGCAAAUGGCCGUGAUCGAGGUGGGGAUGAUAAUAACGAGAUGAUUGAGAUUGAGUCGAGCCUCGUUGGUCUGAUCAUUGGAAGACAAGGCGAGAACUUGCGACGCGUUGAAUCUGAGACCGGAUGCAGAGUCCAAUUCAUCUCGUCCCCGGGCGAUCCUGGUCCUUUCCGCCAAUGCAAGAUAUCGGGUCCUCGCCAAGGCCGCGCCGAGGCCAAGGCACAGAUCAAUAGAAUAAUCGAAGACAGCGGCAUGGGCGCCAUCGCCCGAGCUGGCCUUGACAGAACGCACCAUGGAGGUGGCCGUGGUCCGCCUGCUGCUGCUGUUCGGUCUCCAUCCCCACCUCCGCUCGAACUGAAAGAAGGCGAAGACUGCAUGCAAAUCAUGGUUCCCGAUCGUACUGUCGGUCUUAUCAUCGGGCGCGGCGGUGAGACCAUUAGAGAUCUCCAAGAGCGAUCCGGCUGUCACAUUAACAUCGUGGGUGAAUCAAAGAGCGUGAACGGUCUGCGUCCUGUCAAUUUGAUCGGUCCUGUCAACGCGGCUGCCCAAGCCAAGGAAUUCAUCCUGGAGAUCGUCGAAAGUGAUAGCCGCAAUGGCAAUAGCAACGAUGGUGGUAACAAGAUGCGCCCACAGAAGAAUGACUAUGGCCGCGACAGUGCUCCUCAAGGUGGCCAUGACAAGAUCAAUGACUCAAUCUAUGUCCCUUCGGAGGCCGUCGGUAUGAUUAUCGGCAAGGGCGGCGAGACCAUUCGGGAGAUGCAAAACACCACCGGAUGCAAGAUCAAUGUCUCUCAGUCUUCAGGUCCCGGUGAAUCGGAGCGUGAGAUUGGCCUAGUCGGCUCGCAUGACGCCAUUGAUAGAGCCAAGCGUGCCAUCGAGGACAAGGUUGAUGCCGUGCGCCAGAAGAACAACGGCGGAGGUGGUGGGCGUGGUGGUCGACAACAGAAUAACCGUCGUGACUGGGAUAACCCGAACUACACCCCUCAAGGCUCGAACAACCAGCCCACUGCGGUUGAAACCCAGGCUCCCGCAGCUGCUAAUGGAGGUGCUGAUCCCUAUGCUAUGUACGGCGGCUAUCAAGCAUACUUGGCUUUAUGGUACCAGGCUCUGGCUCAACAGCAGCAAGGCGGAGGCCCUGCUGGCGAGAUGCCCAAGCCACCUGGAGCUUGA